AUGUCUGAGAAGGUUGCCAUUCUAUAUGGAUCGGAAACGGGAAAUGCAGAGGAAUACGCCAAGUACCUAAGGCUUCGACUAAAGAGCUACAAUUUGAAACCUAUUUUAUCUUCAUUAGACGCAUUUCCAUUGAAGAAAUUAGUCACAGACAUAGACCAUGCCAUUAUAAUAUGCUCCACUACGGGGCAGGGCGAGUUGCCACGAAAUUCGCAAAAGUUCAUGAAGUUUAUCUGCAAAAAGAAACUCCCGGGUGAUCUUUUCCAACAUUUGCGGUUAACAACUUUAGGUUUGGGUGAUUCCUCUUAUACAAAGUACAACUACGCUAUCAAGAAAAUACAUGCCAGAAUGAUGCAAUUGGGAUGUCAGGAACUUUCGCCAAGGUGUGAGGCUGACGAAAUGUCACCAGAGGGAGUGGACGGGUUCUAUUUGGAGUGGGAGACGCAACUUCUUGCUGCUUUGUCAAAGUUCUUUCCCAUGUCCGCCAACCCCGACAUCAAUACUGUGCCCAUGCCCGAAUAUAAAGUAUCCGUUAAGCACGCGACUGACCAGCUUGCUCAAAAUUCAUUAUUGACCAAAGUUUAUAACAAUUUGCAGGUUGGAACUGUGAUUUCAAACGAACGUAUCACCAGUGCAGACCAUUUUCAAGACGUGCGACGGAUAAAAGUCUCUUCUAAAGAUUUGAAGUAUAGCCCCGGGGACACCAUAUCUUUAUAUCCUUGUAAUUUCGACCUGGAUGUUGACGCUUUCCUCGAACUGCAACCGAAAUGGUUGGAGAUUGCCGACAAGCCUUUGAGAGUGAGAAAUUUGGUUGAUGAUGAACAGUUUAUUACCUUGCGUAAUUUGACCAAGUACCAUUUGGAUAUCAUGUCUAUUCCAAGACGCAGCUUCUUUGCGAUACUAUGGCAUUUCUGUGAUGCCUCCACAGAUGAUGGACAAAGAGAGCAAGAGAAAUUGAAAGAAUUUGGAUCGUUCGUCGACCCCGAAGAGCUCUACAACUAUGCCAACCGACCACGAAGACUGAUUUUGGAAACAUUAACUGAGUUCAAGAAUAAUCUCAACAUCCCAGUGUCCUAUAUAUUGGACUUGAUACCCUUGAUCAAACCUCGAAUGUUUCUGAUUGCAUCACGUCCUAGCGAGACAGAGAUUGAGGUCGUUGCUGCUAUUGUGGAAUAUAGGACUAUCAUCAGACGCGUACGUCGAGGACUCUGUACCAGGUGGCUAAAGGCAUUGAAAGAGAAUGAUGAGGUACACUUGAGUAUCGACAGGUCGUCGUUCAAGAUCUCACAGAGCCCAAUCAUAAUGGUCGCACCAGGAACUGGGAUAGCACCAAUGAAAUCUUUAGUGGAUGACAUUUUGCAUCAAAACUCAUUACAGGAAAUGUAUCUUUUCUUUGGAUGUCGUCACGCGGAGAAGGAUCAUCUUAUAAAGACGUUUUGGGAAAAGUCGAGCAAUUUGCAUAUAUAUAGCUGCUUUUCUCGAGAUGAGGGUUCAAAGUAUAAGUAUGUACAGGAUGCUAUCAUAGCGAACUACAAAUUGAUUGGCGAUUUAUUGUUGAACCAGGAGGCUAAAAUAUUUGUGUGCGGUUCAAGUGGUAAGAUGCCUAGAGAAGUGAAAUUGACAUUCAUAGAAGUUGUGAAACGGUACAGUGACAUAUCGGAGGAAGAUGCUAAGCGCUACGUCCUUCAACUUGAAGACAGUGGAAGAUACAAGGAAGACGCUUGGUGA